CAUUGAUGUAACAUCUUUGUUCCCUUCUUCAGGGAAUGAGGGUUACAUGCGUAACCGAGAUGCUUCUUGCACAGUAAGGGAGAGGCCAUCAGAUCAUGAUGUCAGCAGGAAACAUCAGCUUUGUUAAGGACUUUUAUAUCGUUGGUUUUCCUGGGCUUCAGCAAGAAUACUAUGGUGCAGUGGCUGCUCUGCUGCUUUUUGUCUAUGUGUGCAUCUUAGUGGGGAAUGGAAUUUUUAUAGCACUUUUAACUCUAGAAAAAUGCCUUCAUAAACCUAUGUAUUAUAUCAUCUUAAACCUGGUUGUAAGUGACUUAUUAUUCAGCACCACUACCUUACCAAAGAUUAUUGCUAGAUACUGGUUCCAAGCAGGUAGUAUUUCAUUCACUGGUUGCUUCAUUCAAAUGUAUUUUGUGCACUAUUUUGGUUCAGUCAGUUCUGUUAUCCUGGCAAUAAUGGCCUAUGAUAGAUAUGUAGCCAUUUGUAAUCCCCUAAGAUAUCCUAAUAUAGUCACAAAGUUAAACAUUUUCUGUCUUUGUCUGGCUGCAUGGGUGCUAACACACGCGUGCCCUUUAAUGAUGGCAAUAAGGGCUUACCCUCUGCCUUACUGUGCAGGAAACACAAUUAUACACUGUUACUGUGAUCACAUUUCUAUCACAUCACUUGCAUGCACCAACAGGGCACUGUACGGAGUUCCAGCCUUUGCAUUUGCUAUGGUUGUGUUGCUCAGUCCUCUGGCCUUCAUUGUUUUCUCUUAUUGCACCAUUAUUGUAGCAGUUCUGCGUAUAUCGAGUACUCAAGGAAGGCUGAAGACUUUCUCCACCUGCAGUCCUCAGCUCAUCAUAAUUGCUCUCUAUUUUCUACCCAGAUUUCAGGUACUCGAGGAAGGAUGAAGAAUUUCUCCACCUGCAGUAAGGGCCUGUCAGCAGAGUAUAACUCUAGGCCAACAUAAACACACCUGAACCAGCUAAUCAAGGUCAUCAGGAUCAGUAGAAACCUUUGUGUGCUGGAGCUAAACUCUGCAACCCAGUCACUCUCCAGGAGCCACUUUCCACCACCAUCACUUUCCACACCAUUAGGGCCACCACAGAUGUAAAUAUCCAUAAUAAAGAGAACAUUAUAGCCAUGCUCGUAUUGUUCACAAUAGAAUGAUAUCUUAAUGGCAAGCAAAUUGCAAUGAAGCGAUGUUAUGUGAGAUCAA